AUUAUUAUUUUAGUUGUCCGUAGUUACGUUCGAAGGGGGCACCUACGGACAAUAAGCGGCACCCCUAUGGGCUAUGAAGAACGAAAUUUGCAAAUGCAAGCCCCCUCCCGCUGUAGAAAGUGACCCUCAAACCGAUCGAAAUAUUAUAAGAAAUCCAUCAUUGGACAACCUUAAAAGUCUGUCUUUGUUGCUCCUUGCUGAUCUCCUUGCUUCUUGUGCCUGGAACAGGAAGGAGAUUGAAUUGGAUGAUCCCACAAGUGAGAUUUGGGCUAGUCUGUUAGAAACACUAUGAGAGCUCUUCCAUGGUGAUUACGAGAUUUUCUUGAUACUUUAUUGGAGUUGGGAUCUUACAUCUUGAUUUAUUUGGCGGUUGAUGGCGCUGUCAACAACUACACAAGUCAACAGCAUCACAUCUCUAAGCAGCGAUCUCUUCUAUGAUAUACUAAGGCGACUUGAUGGGCCCACAUUAGCGAGUGCAGCAUGUGCUUGCGCAGCCUUCUGUUCCAUCUCAAGGGAAGAGCGGCUAUGGGAAAAUGUUUGUUCUUCUCUGUGGCCAUCCACCAAUCGAGAAGAAGUCAAGAGCUUGAUCUCCUCAAUCGGAGGGUUUAGAAAGUUCUAUGCAGACUGUUUCCCUCUCAUUGUAAACAAAGAGGUUCCUGACUAUCAGUGGAAUGAGUAUCUCGAGUACAACGAGGAGUGGAACGAGGCAGAUUACUAUGGUGAUGUUGAUGAGCUCGAGAGCAUAUCACCAUCUGACUUUAUCUCCCUAGUGGAUGUUCGAUUUAAAGAUCAGAUUAUCUUCUCGAAGGUCUUGUGGGGCAUUCCAAAUGCCAAUGGGUUCAAUGGGUGGUUCUAUAAUUGCCCAUUUCGUGUCGAUCUCCUCUCUUUUUCAUCCCGAGAUGAUGAUGAUGAUGAUGAUGGUGAUGGUAACGAGAAUGAAAUUACCCUCACGGUCUCCGAUGGGCUACCCCCAAUUACUUCCAUGGAGAGGGAGAGGAAGGAUGGGAAGCUGUGGAGAGAGCUCAAGGAUGGCCUUCGGCUUAGUUGGAUUGUGGUCAAUCAGAAAGUCAAACAAGCGGCAAACCUGGCAAGCUGGAGUUCGCUCGGGGGUCAGCGGCACUGGCCCACCGACAGGGACUUUGUCGUACGUUUUGGUUCAGUUCUCCCUGCAAAGGACAUCCUCCCCUGCCAAGUGGUUGAGUGCAUCCUUAGCAUGAAGUUUCGGGUGGUGAGCACCGAGGGAGAUGAUUCACAGACAAGCCUGAAGCUGACUGAGCUGAGCAUGCAGUUGGAGGACAUGGAGGGGGCACACGUGAAUGGGAGGAACAGCCUGCUCAUCCUCAAGGAGGCGCUGAGCUGCCACCGGAGCAAGGACUACAGCGAGGCCCUCGAGUCGUGCCACCUUUACUCCAAGGUUCAGAGCGAGCUCAAGGAGGAGAAGAUGAGGAUUGAGAAUCGGUUAGAUCGGCUCUGCAUCUUCAGCGGGAUAGCUGCUUUCGCAACUCUCUGGUACUAUUGCAUAAUGUAAAGCGAAUUUUCUGCCUAUCCUUUUUGUACAUUUUAAAUGCUCGCCAUUUUUGGUACGUCCCUAAUGUUCUAACAAAGUCGAAUUUUGCACUCAUUAGUCCUCCAACGAGUUCUCUGACCAUGUUUCGUUACUUAAAACUGA